AUAUGUCAAAAUAAAUGCAUUUGGAAAGCACGCCAGCAUCCAUUGCAUCGUCAAAAUCAUUGGAUUUACACUAAGAAAAAGAAUAAAAUUCCGAGUACCAUAACAUCGAAUUAAUUGACCGUUUGUUGCGAAUAGUGUCAUAAAAUUGAGCGACAAUAAAUUGCAGUGCAAAAGACUUAAAUCGAAAAAAAAGUGAAAAUGGAUCAACUCUACAACGUAUGGAAUUCGGUGCAACCAUUAUUACCACCACCAUCGUCGUCACGGUCGUUGAAUCAAUUUUCAACGCCACGAUUCGAUACAUUUACGCCAUUACAUCCCGUAAAUGCGGAUUUGAAUCCGGUUGGUAAUGCAUCGUCUGCAUUAUUACCACCGCCAUCAACAUUACAACAACAGCCGAAUCAAUCGAAUAAAAAUCAAAAUAUGUCCGCACCACCAAAUAAUGUGACGGCCGCAUCAAGUGGUUCAUCAAAAGUGAAAGAACAAUCGGGACCGCCACCCGGUCAUGUGCGUCGUUCCCGGCACGAAUGUAUGAUUUGUUACAAACCUUUCAGCAAUAAAUACAAUUUGGAGCGUCAUAUGCCGUUGCACGAUGAAAAGCAAAAAUUGUGGAAAUGUAAAACAUGCUUGCGAGCAUAUACCACCGAAACAAUAUUCCAUUCGCACAAACGUGUCCAUCAUAAAAACGAUGAACCGUCGACCAUUAGCUUCGAAGUGGUGUACGAACUUAGAAAAGGUAAAGUGUCAUUCAAAAAAGAAGUACCGCCAGGCAAAUGGGGACGCAAAUUAACAUCCGAAUGUCCGGUAUGUUUCAAGAAGCUGAGCAAUAGAUACAAUUUGGAACGGCAUAUGAAUGUUCAUGAAGAGAAGCAAAUGCGAUAUAAAUGCAAGAGCUGUGAACGAGCAUACAGCACAUUGUCUGCAUUUAAUUUGCAUAAAAAUAAAUAUCAUACUGCUGUUCAUCCAUCGACCGUUGAAUUUGAGGUUAUGUACGAGGACCGAAAAGAAAAUCCACGCAAAUCCGGCCAAUCAGCAUCCGAUCGUCGAUGUUCCAACUAUCAUGUAGAACAACAUAACAAAACAAAGCCAUGGAGCUGAAUUACAGCGAAUAGACCAUUGGACAACACAACAACUUGUCCACACUCAUACACAUACACACACACAAACACAUACACAUACACACACCUGAAAUAAUAAUAGCAUUAAUCGGAACAUUAGACUUAAGCAUACUGAUGAUGAGAAAUUCCAUAAAAAACAUAUAUGGAUUUAACAUGCAUUGACCAUUACUGAUGAACAAAAAUUAAUGAGUUUGUUUGAACUAAAAAUAAUUAUUUUGAUGCCACUUUUA